UACCUGCAUGCUGGUAGCUUCGAUAUCAGGAAUAGUGUGCACUAUAGUCUCGAUUGCUCCUGAGCAAGAAGUCAUCUGUUCUCCACAAACGAUGGAGACACCCAAGAUGCGAUUGCCACAGCGGCGCUACUGCCAGAAACGGAGGUCGACAGCUUCACACGACGCACUGCAGUGCGCUCUUCAAAACAGCAAUUCUCACCACGGCUCAAACCUGCUGAGAACGCGGCUUGCUGAGAUUUUUCCAGUUGGAAAGUACUAGUUCGUAGCGUACGAUGAUGUAUCCAGCAUUAGAAGGCAAAACGUUAGGUCCAGACAUAUACAUUAGACCACAGUUUAAGGCCCAAGUAGCAAGUUACCAAGGACGAAAAUAACGUCCGUGAAUGACUGCACUGCAUUUUACGUUAUUUUAUGUUGUCAGGAAGACUUGCAAAAUGAAAGUGACCGAAAAGGACCUGAGGGUGGAAGAGGUACUGCAGUGGACGCCAUUGCAGUUUGCCGAGGAAACGAACGCCUGGUAUUGGGUGGAUUUGUUGCUGCAGGCUGGUGUGCCGCAACAGGAUCUGACAAUUACGAAGAAGAAACUCCGCAACGAAGGAAGUGCCGCCCAAAUAAUGAGGGCAGCUUGCGAGUCGGGGUACGUGUCCCUGCUGAACUUCGCACUGUCUGUGGACCCGUCGCUGGUGGAGGCGAUGCUGGACUCGUACGGCUCGACGGCGCUGCACGUGGCGGCCUCGAAUCGGCGCAACGCGGCCGUCAGGAUCCUACUGGGCGCCGGGGCCGAGGUGGAUGCCACCGACCUGCGGGGGCGGACGGCGCUGCACGCCGCGGCCGAGAACGACGCCAUCGCGUCCAUCCACGUGCUGCUCGAGCACGGCGCCAACGUCUGCGCCAAGGACUGCGACGGAAAGACGGCGACGCUCCUGGCCCAGGAGUGCGGCCACGCUGCCGCGGCCAACACCCUCGACCUGAGCGGCUGCAUGCAGUGGUCCAUGCGCAAGCUCAUCAUCGCGGCCGAGGCGGGCAACGUGGAAGCCGUCCGCCAGAUGCUGCCGGCCGUGAAGACGGUGGUGAAGCCUGGCGAGUGGCCGCACCUGCACUGGGCGACGCUCAACGGCAGCGCGACGGUGGUGCGCACGCUGCUGGCCGCGGGCCUCGACCCCAACGGCAGCGACCGGCACGGCAACACCGCGCUGCACGUGGCGGCGGCGCGCGGCCGGCCCGCCACCACGGCGGCGCUCGUCGACGCGGGCGCCCACCUGGACGCGGCCGACUCGAGCGGCUCCACGGCGCUGCACUACGCGGUGCGCACCGACAACGUGCCGGUGGCGCGGCUGCUGCUGGCGGCGGGGGCCGCGCCGGACCCGCGCGACGACCAGGGCCAGACGCCGCUGCACCGCGCCGUCGCCAGGGGCUCCGCCGCCGCCGUCGCGGCGCUGCUGCACGCCGGCGCCAGCCCCGACGUCGCCGACGCCGCUGGCCGGACGCCCGCCGACCUCGCGCGCCAGCUCGGCUACAAGGACGUCCUCAGGUGCCUGAGGCUCGCACCGCACUGACCACGUGCGCGCUCUUCCGCCUCUUGUCUACAGAAAUAAACGAGGCGUUGCACACAUGGAUGAAGCUGUUCUUUACCUCCCUUUCCUAUCCACCACUGGAUCGUAAGGUCCACUGUGGCUUCUGUCCACCUACUGCCUGAUCCACAAACAUAUCUCUUCCUCUUGAGUGAAACUGUAACAUUCCAUGAGAUAAUCGUUCUUUAGAUAUCCACUGUACGUAAUUCCUUCAUUUCUGUGAUCUGUUAACAUUUAUUCUACAUUUAUACUAUAUGUACUGCAGUUACUUCCCCCAUCAUUGUUUCACUUGUGAACUGUGCAAGGGAAAACCAGCUGUUCAUCGGCCUCCGUACCACUUGGAGUAACUAGAUUUACUUUCGUGGUCCUUUCGGAAGUUGUGUGUAGGAGGAACGAAUAUGUUGUUUCACCCUUUUGUGAACGUAUUUUCAGUGGUAAAAUACACUGUAAUGUACAACUUCUCUCUUCUAACGUUUUCCACUGGAGUUUGAUGAGUGUCUCUGCGACGCUUUCGCGAUUACUCAAUUUACCUCUGACGAAACAUGUUGCUCAUCCUCGAAUCUUCUCUGUUUCGUUCACCAGUUCAACCGGUGUCGAUUCUGGAUUGAAGAGGAAUACUCAAGUAUCAGUCGACCGAAGGUUUUUUUAAGUUACCCCCUUUGCGACUGUACUACUUAUCCUGAGAAUUCUUCCACUGAAUGACAGCACGCCAUCUGACGGUACUACAAUUAGUAUUAUCUGGGUUCAUAUUUCCGUGUAUCCACACUCGCAGGUAUUUAAAUCAUGCAAUGAUUUUCAAUUAGCGUUAGGUUGUGGUAUAGCGAAAUAAUAAUAUAUAUCAUCACCAAUUUAUGUGUGAUAUUUUAAAGUUAUCAUUACAGCCGAUAUACGGGGAAUGAGAGAACAGCAACUAUGUUGCUCUUUAAAGCAAUUCCCAUUUCUCAUUCAGUCUCAUCUGGACAUUUUAAAUACAUGACAUAUUUCGAUAUCUCUGGGUCAUCUUCUGUCAGCAAUCUGUCGUAGCUGUGUCAUCCAUGCAUCCUCAAAAUAUUGUCCUAUACAUUACCUACACUGUGAACAGCAAGUUAAAUAUUACAGUUUAGGCUAGAAUUAUAUUUUCAGGUAGACACAUAUCAGAGUAGUGAAGUGAUCUGAAGACUAUCCAGAGAGACAGAAACAUACGAUCUAUUUAAAAAUGUGUAGCUGAGACUGAAGAAUAAAUGAGACUUGUUCUAAAUACUUUACAACUACUUGCAUUGAGAAUCAACUGCCACUCCCUGCAUCAAAAGUCACCUGUGACAGUUUGUCUCCUUUAUCACUCUGCUUUUGUUUAAAGACAGCUAGAACUGACGCCAAACAUACAUUUACACAGUGUGAUUCAGACUGUUUAAUUCAGUUCUGGACGUUGCAAAGAGGAUUAGUAUAAGAAAUUUGGACAUACCGGACACCUGGGUGUAAGUGCUGAUAUUUCUGUUGAUGACUGGCAGUGGUGUACUGAACAUCAUCAUCUCAGCUGUUUCGUCAUUUGCAGACUAUUAAUUACAGCCACUACAUGGCUUACGUUUUUUACGACGGUUAGUACGUCCAAAUACAUUGGCAAGAUCAGGCCAUUAAUAGCAUUUCCCCCUGCGCAACAAGUCAGGCGUUGAAGCAUGGAUGCGUGGGCGAAGGACGGUUAUUCUGUACUGAUAGGUUUGGGCCACCUAGUGCUGCAGUUGAGACCGUGCAGAAAUCUUCACUUCGUAAUUUUUGUGACGUGUUUAUGGGUAGACUCUUCGAUGCAGAGAAAAACAGUUAACAUACUGAUGUUUGUACAUAUUAAGGUACCACAUAUGAAAACUUCUGCACUUACACCUGUCACACCCUACAUAGCAGCACAUGAGUAACUGGAGUUUAGAAGAAAAUAUUAUAGAUUACAGAAGCAAAUUGUGGAAGCUCGUACUGAGAUGACAAAUGAAAGAUUACCAGAAGGUAUGCUCCAUUAGUGCCCAGGAAUAAGUUGCAGAAAAAAAAAAUAACAAGAAGUGUGGCACAGUACUGAAGACAUACACUAUUCUUGUUCUAGUGAAAAUUUGCAGAAGUAUCAUUCGAUUCUAGCCUGCUAUCCUGUCCAGUAACAAGCAGUUUUAUGUAUAUACAUCUUUUUCUAACACUCGUAACACGUCACUUCAGUGACCAAUCUCAUGAGUGACACUUGCCAGGAUGGGACAGUUCAGGUCCUCUCAGCUGCAUUACGUCUAACAAGCUGCUGUCUGACGAAACAAGCAGUAAUACUGAGAAACUAGCGGCCGAAGUGGCACGAAUUAGAAAGGUAUAGCGUCACACUAUGUGUUCUUUCGCACAACGUCUCUUCUUAGUCACUCUUAUACCGAUGUUUCAACCCUGAUGCUUCAGUCUUAUCCUAGGCUUAUUCCUCUACGCUAUUUUUCUGCUGUUAUUUUUAUUACUGCAUUUUUUUUUCAGUUUAUUCGAAUUCCUGUUAAAAUUGGGUGGCUUGCCGUGGUCCCACUGUAGAAUGAAGGCCCAGAUACUACAUGUAAUUUCUGUCUUACACCUACCAUUGUAUCUGACAAUCUAACUUCAGUGUAUUCCAGCCUAAACUGUAAUAUUUGACUUACUGGUCACAGUGUAGCUAAUGUCAAAGUGGGAAAACAUUUUAGGGGUGCAUGAAUGAGACAUGAAUGGUAUAACCUUUCAUUUGACAGUCAUGUGAAACAGAAUUCACACUAGGUCAUAUUUCGUUAUUCUUAUUUCUUGGUGGUUUUAGAGGUUCUGCCAAAGAUGUGUUAUAGCUCUGGCUCUUACGUCAGUUGCUUUUAUUCGUUUUGUGUUCACAGACUUCGGUUGUUCUCGGAAUUCGCCAGCAGUAUUUCGGGAGGCAUCAUCAGAAGAGGGAUGGGAAUGGAUGGAGGAGAGUGGGACAGAGAGUGUAUACAUCUAUGGUUUGGUUUCCUAGUCUGAAGCUGAACUGAUAGGUAUGUUUAAUAUCAAAUGUAUUCCGUAAGUGUCUGUAUUGUGAGACUUCUUUGUUACGAUGAAAUCACGGCCAUAUUGUUGACAUUUUUGUAGGUAGCAUCGGCGAUAUUUUUUGUGUGCAUAGUAGUGGGCAUCUUUCUGUCCAGAUUAAUCUGUGGUGAUUCAUCCAGUCAUGCCUUCUACGUCUGCAAGAAUAUAUUCUAGCAACGGUGAGAACUGCUGUUCUAUUCGCACUGCUGUGGACUAAUCCCUGUAUGCCUCUGAUUAUGUUUUGUCAUCUUCUCUGUUCCUCUGCCUGCUACACGUGGGUAUCAUAGUAAAGGUAUGUGUCUUGGUGAUCAGCACACUAUGGUCUUUAUACUGUCAUGUUUUAAAAGUAGUUCAUGCCACAGGGUGAAACAAACGUCUACUGAUUGUUGUUCCAUUGCUGUGCUCUGUUGCGGCGUUAUGGGAGGUUUAAUUAAACAGGUUUGCCUGCUUGUUAUCACUUUUAUUCAUUCAGAUUUCUAAUUCUUUCGGGUAACUGUGUGUUCAGCAUCAGCUGAAGGCUCGAAAGCAUUCCCUCUGUGUUGGAGGUGGUGGUUACGUGCAUGUAUAUGUGAACUGUGGUGGCGGCAUUGGUCAGUAGCGCAGACCCAUGUGUCUCUUCCAGGGCACGUAAUCGAGUAUCUCAUAGGAGCUGGUAGUUGACUGUGUCGACCAUUCUGUGAUGAGUUGCUCAUAGCUGUAUGUAUUCAGUCACACGAAAUUUAGUUACGUUUCAUCUCAGUACAAGGGAUACAGUUUGAUAAAGCAAUACAAGCAGAGAUGAGACAAGCAGCUUAUUCAUCUGCAUUAAUUUCUCACAGAAAAAGAAAUAUCACUGGAGGCCACAGAAAUCCAAAAUCCAUAUGGUAACUGAAAACGAGCGUACGUCUUACAUAAAAACAUUUCAUUUGUGGCAGUUCACUGAAGAACAAUGGAUUGGUAGUUGCAUUAUAUUAUUAAGUGUUUGUCUUUGAUUACCAACAUUCGGGUACUGAAUGUGCUUAUGUGGGAUGUUGAAGGGUUAGCUUUUUCAUUAAACUGUUUGCCUCCACUUUCAUCUGAUAUUUCCACACAAACACCCGCCUUCUUAUUUUACCUGGCGUUGUAAGCGAGUAUAACAAUAACAGUGUGUGCAAUUUAAGACCUAACGGCUUACGCAGUGCUUGCCAGCUUUGUUAUGUGCCACAAAGAGAACUAGGAUAUUUGUGUUUCUUAAUGUAAACAGCUGCCAUCUACAAACUGUCAGCAACCUGGAUUUGCAUGAGUUUUGUUUGCCUGUAGACAUCGAAACCUUGACAGUACACAUAGCACCCUUGUACUGAGACCCAUAUUGGAUAAUAACCCAGUGGCAGUGGCAGCGCAACGUGCGUAAUAAGCGAAAUGCUGGGAAUAUUGUCCAGCUGUGACGAUGUCUGUUAAAGCAAUUAACAUGGUGAAAAUUUUAUGAGCUUCUGAAACUAAACAAUUAUUUUUUUGUAAGGCGCAUGUGUAACUAUUGGCCUUCUUAGCUACGAAGCAUUUCGUGCUUACCCAUUGUUAACAUGCUGAAACUUACUAAAUAAAAAAAUAAAAAAGUUGUUUCUUUUA